AUGACUAAUAGGAAUAACGCAGUUACAAAUCUAACAAAGAUGGCAAAAAUAACGUUGAAUAAUUAUUCUACACCCUAUAUCGAUGACGAUUCGGGUAUUAGUAUUGACGUCGACAAUGCAUCUUCCAAUGAUUUCAGCUCGUCUGCGUCAACAUUGAUUGAAUCAUUACCUUCAGUCUCAUCUUCUCAAUCCAUUCGUAUGUCAUCGCCAUUUCCGACCAUUCAAAAGAAACAAGCGGAUACAGCACCUUUGGUCAAAUGUACAUCCGAUGGUGUCAUUGAACGCAUACGUCCUGUGACCAUGAAGAAUAGCGAAAAUGGUGAUUAUGUCAUUUGCCACACUACCCGUGGAGACUACGUUGCUUAUCGCACACCAGAAGUUCCCGAAUGGGUUUUGCGUUUGGUUGAAGAGGUCGAAUCGCGUGAACAAUAA